AUUGGUUUUCAAAAGUACAAACUUUCUCCGUGGGAUCGACCCUUACUUGCCCUAGCUAUAGUUUUUAUUUGAUUAUAUUUUGGGGGUUAGUUAAGGAUAUUUUAUAAAUUUUUAAUUUGUUUUGGACCACACGACCAGUCCCCAACAAAUUUUGGCGCCGUUGCCGGGGAAAGUUUUGUAUGAAUUAAAUUUAGUAUGCCUUUGUGUCAUGUAUUAUUUGCUUGUAAGAAAGCAUGAGUUGAUGAAGUAGCCUCUUUUCUACUGUUUUGCAUGAUAAAAUUUUCAGAACUGAGGUUCUUUGUGCUUACCGAAACUGAAAUCAGCAUUGGUGUUGUUGUUUGCUGCUGGAAACUAGAUUUUCAUUGCUGUUUUUUUUUGAGAAUUUUAGGCCUAUUUUCAAGAAAAACUGCUUUUUGACAUGAUCUUUAGCAUUUUGCCUUGCUGAUUUUGUUUCCUUUGACCAUACAUGUUACAUUUGAAUGACGUAAGUGCAUAUUUGUUUCAUUUUUUUAUGUGCACAUGCAUAUAUAGAUUAUGUUAUGGAUUUGUGCAUGCUGAUUUUUCAAAAAUUCUGCACUAUUUUGGUUGAGUAACUGCUGUUUUUGUCCCUUAGAGUGCUCCAUAUGCUUGAAAUUUAAAAUAUCAUUGCUCUAUCUUGCUUGGGGACAAUACUUAGAAGCAUAUCAUGAGGUUUCUAUGCUGAUUUUGAUGCCUAUUGUGCUGAAUUUUUGAUAAAAACUGAUCCAAGUGCUGUUUUUAAAAAAAAAAUCUGCAUUCUUUUUUUUAUGUGCAUGCUGAUUUUUGUGUUCCAAGAUGCCUAUAUGCUGAAUUUUGAAGUUUCAUUGUUAAAAACUUGCAUGGGAACUUAUGUGGGAGCAUUUAGCAUGCGUUUUUAAGCUUGUCUUGAUCGAUAUAUGCUCCGUGUUGCUCUCAAAGUGAAAAAAAAAAUGCAGAAAUCUAUUUCAAGAAGACUUUGAAGCCUAUUUGUGCAACUUUAAAUCUGAUUUUCCAUUCUUAAUGGAGCAUAAAAAUGCUAUUCUUAGAGUUGAAUUCAAUUCUUGAUGCUUAUCUUGUUUUUACACUUUUUAAUGUUUUAAAGAAACAUAUUUACUUUACUACUUCAUGGCUUAAGUGAAUAUUUGUUGGCAAGUAGUAAACUGUGUCUAGCCAAAGACGUUAAAUUGGGCAGCUUAUGGGAGGCAACCCACCUUUUUAAGUUUUUUUAUCUUUCUAAAAAAAACUUUUUUUUACUUAUAACUUCUCGUUAUUGUUGUACUUUUCCUCUUAUAGUUAUUGAUUGCAUUUUUUUUCCUAUUUUUCUUUAACUUCUUGUUGUUGUACUUAACUUUUUUUUUUUUGUGGUUAUUAAUUUGAUUUUAUUUCUUUUAAGAACCAACUUUUCUUCCAUAUUGAUGUAAUAGUACUUGUUGUAAUUAUAGGAUUAGUUUUUUCCUUUUUCUCUUUCAUUUUAUUUUUGAAAAACACAAAAAAAGUGAAAAAAGUAUGUUGCUUGAUGUUUUUACUUCAUUUGUGCUUCUAACCAUCUACUUUGAGAGCUUUUUGCAAGAUUUGUUGAGUUUUAGGUGGAAGCAUAGGUGUUUGGAGUAAAAUCUGCACAAACAGGUGUGAAAUCUGAAAUCUGAUCCAAAUCAGUAGUUCCAACCAUAGUUAUUAAAGGCGCUCGCCUCUCUCGCCUAUGGCGCCUCAGGCGACCAGGCGAGCUCUCAGCGCCUCAAGGAAGCCAGGCGAGGCGAGAUCCCUAAGGCGCGCCUAAGGCGGUUGCUUCAGUUUCCUUAUCCUUUUUGUGUUCAAAGUUUGGUUUCUGAUAUUACAGUUUGCACAAUGAGAAUCUGCACUAUAAGUCAUGAUUCCGCUUGCACAAGUGAAUAACCUUUCCUUUCAAAUCUGAUUCAUGAGCUUAAAUGGUAAUUAUCUGCGUGGUAAUGUGCAAAAUUCUGAUCCAAAACAACAGAUUCAAGCACAUACUGGUUGCUUUGUUAUGAGUUUUCAGUUCCUUAAGGCUUGAGUACUAUUAUAUGGACAUAUUUAUGCUGAAGGCUGAGACAUGUGCAUUGUUUACAGCUGAUUUUUGGAUACUAAUGAAAAGUUCUGCAUUUUGAUAGUUAUUUUUGGACUUGUAAGCUGAUUUUUUGAGUGCAAAAUGCAAAUUUUACACUUUUUACAGCUUAUAGGUGCUGAAAUAGGAAAAAAAUCUGCAAUCUUUUCUUGAUGUUCAAUCUGAUUUUUGAGUUCACCAGAUGCAUAUGUGCUGAAUUAUGAUGUUAUUAGAUGUAUAUGAGCUGCUAUGCAUGUGCUUGAUAUGACUUUACCUUCUCAUAUGCAGCAUUUUGUUUUGAAAAGUGCAAAAAGGGAUAAGAAUUGGUUUCCAGAACCAAAUUUGAAGCUUGAAAUUUGCAUUUCUUUAAAUCUGAUUUUUAUCUCUUCAAAGCUAAAAGACUUGGUCUUAGUCAUGUUUUUGCAGAUUUUAGGUCCAUCGAGCACUUUAAGGAGGGAAAAGUGAUGAACUGAUGCUGCGUAUACUUUGUUUUUUUUGCAUUUUCCAAUCUCCUUCUCUCUUCGCUAAGCUUGUUUUAUAUUUCCAUUUGCAUACCAUAUAUGCAUAUAGAUGCAUCAAGGACAAUGCACAAUUUAAGUGUGGGGGGAGAUUAUCAUAUUUAUUCCGUUGUUUGGGGAGUAUAUUUUUGGGCAAUUUUUUUUUCUCUCAAAGUUUUGGGUCCAAUUUUGUCAUUCUUUGUUGAAUAUCUCCUUAUAUAGAGCAUUGUUUUUAAAAUUGACCCAAAAGCUUCACUCACUUUGUUUUCAAAAAAGUUUUGGAGAUAAAGUUUUAAGUUUGAAUGUAUACAGUGCAUUUUGUUUUUCUUGAUGAUGAUUGCAAUUGAAAUGGUUUCCUUUUGGCCCUUAAACGAGGACGUUCAAGUCUUAAAUGUGGGGGUAUAUGUGAGAUUAUCAUAUUUAUUCCGUUGUUUGGGGAGUAUAUUUUUGGGCAAUUUUUUUUUCUCUCAAAGUUUUGGGUCCAAUUUUGUCAUUCUUUGUUGAAUAUCUCCCAUCUCCUUAUUUAGAGCAUUGUUUUUAAAAUUGACCCAAAAGCUUCACUCACUUUGUUUUCAAAAAAGUUUUGGGCAAAAAGUUUUAAGUGUGAGUGUAUACAGUGCAUUUUGUUUUUCUUGAUGAUGAUUGCAAUUGAAAUGGUUUCCUUUUGGCCCUUAAACGAGGACGUUCAAGUCUUAAGUGUGGGGGUAUUUGAUAACUCGGGUUUGUUUUGUACUUUUUAUUCAAUUUUAGGCAUUUUGAAUAUUUUUAGUGUUUAAUUUUUAGUUGUUUUGCGUAGUUUUACUUUAAUUCUCAUUUUUACAAUUUUUUAUUUUUCUAUCAUAAAUAGUAGCUUUUUAAUCUUUUUUUUUAACAUUUUAUUAUUGUCUUCAUUUUAUUUUAUUUUUCCUAACUCAAAUUAUCAGAUAUCUUAUUUGUGGAGAAAGUGCAGCAAAAGGCCAAAAUGCAGUUCAAGUUUGGAAAGAGAAAGAUUUUGGGUUGGAGCCCAAACCCAUCAUCAAAUAAAGAUGUCCACCAGGCUUGUCCUUUUCAUAUUUACGCACAAAGGAAAAAAAAGAGAAUAGAACCGGCGACUUCUUCUUCACCACAGCGGCCAUCUCACGCUCCAACGUCUCUCCCUGAAAUUCGCUCCUCAUUUACACUCCAACGGGAAAAAUCUUUCGGCUAUAAAUUGCGCCAUCGCUCAACAAGGAAAUGGGGGGAUCACUGAGAAUAAAGCAGCGGCUCUAGCCGCUGCUAUCUACGCAGCUCCGAUGGCGAUGGGCGGUGGAGGAGGCGACAACCAGCGGCGGCGACGGUAGCGGCUGCAGCUCCGGUCGGCGAUGGGCGGCGAACUCCAACUCCGGUCAUGGCUCCAAUUUCUUCAAUUACUUCAUCUUCUUCAACAAUUGGUAACCCUUAUUUGUCAAAUUUUAUUUUUUUCCUCCAAUUCUAUGUAAAACUGUUGUUUUUAAUUUAAUUUUACAUUUUUUUUGUUUGUUAGGUUUGUUCCAAAAAUUUUAUAACAAAAUGGUUUGUGUUCU